AUGGACGCAAGCUCCUGCAAACUUGAUGAUGCAGCUGAAGAUAUGGAAUUGGCGAUGUACUUGAAGGAAAUGCAGGAACAUAGCUCCGUAGACGGCGCACAAAGCCCUGCUUCAGCCAGACAUGCACUGCCACCAUCUUUAGCAGUGGCUACCCCGAGUUGUACCGCUGAGGGUUACUUGGAGCAAAUAAAAGUGGGGUCUUUCUAUGAAAUAGACCACUCGAAGCUCUCACCUACUACCCCAGAACAACUAAGGGCAAUCCGGAUAGUCAUGGUUAGUGACAAGGAUGAAGACAAUGUAUCCUUGAGAUACCCAAGUGUUUACUCUCUUCGCACACAUUUUCGUAACCGCGAGAAUCCAAAUGGAAAGGAGCUCCCAGGUCUAAACGAGAAGUAUAUAAUGAGUUCAAACGUUGCUGGAGACGUAAUCUGCCGGAGAAUACCAGCUACAGAAAUUGCAGAUAGAAGGAACUCAUGGAGCUUUUGGACUGCACCGACGUCGGAGAACGCUGAGAUAGAUCAAAUCUCCGCUUCUGGUGGGGAGCCCAACAAUGCAGUUUCUAAAAAGGGGAUUUGCUGGUCCGAACUCAAGUUUACUGGGAUGGUCCAGUGGGGUAGCCGGCGGCAAGUUCAAUACAUAGGUCGCCACGAAGACAAAAAGAUUGUAGCUUUGUCGAGAUCAAUUGAACAAGAAGAAGCAAAAAAGGAGAGUUUAGGGGAAGAGGAAAAGAAAACAGAUCAGGAGGAUGAGGAAGAAGUACUUAAGGUCGAAGACUCAUACGGGAAACGAGACAACCAUAAAAGGAAGCGCUAUGGCCCUAGAAACGUUCAGAAAAAUCUCAAGAAUGCAACUCCCGAAAAGAAAAAUGGGCCAAAACUUCGUAAUAUUGGGAGGAAAAAAGAACUGAAGAAAUCAAUUGAUAGAUGGUCCGUGGAGAGAUAUAAAUUGGCCGAGGAGAACAUGCUGAAGAUUAUGAAGGCCAAAGGAGCAGUCUUUGGGAACCCAAUACUAAGACCAGCCCUGAGAGCUGAAGCCCGAAAGCUGAUUGGUGAUACGGGUUUGCUGGACCAUCUACUGAAGCACAUGGCCGGAAAGGUGGCACCGGGUGGAGCUGACAGAUUCCGACGCCGACAUAAUGCCGAUGGCGCAAUGGAAUAUUGGCUGGAGAGUGCUGAUCUGAUAAAUAUCAGGAGGGAGGCUGGAGUGCAGGAUCCAUAUUGGACACCGCCGCCUGGUUGGAAGCUGGGCGACAACCCUAGCCAGGAUCCCAUUUGUGCCGGGGAGAUCAAGCUGCUCCACGAUGAGAUUGCCCAAAUCAAGAAAUACAUACAAGAACAAGAACGGACAUCUGGGAAGCAACAAGAUUUAACUAUCGUGACUCAACCGAAUUCCAAUGUUACAUCUAUGAGUCUGGACCAUGAAAAACUUUCCUUCACUGCAUUAAAGGAGUUCUACAACGAAUUGUUGAAUAGAAAAGCCAUAAUCGAGGAACAGCUUGUGGAAAUUUCACAAUCACUGCGCGGAAUGGAGGAGACGACAAGGAUUCUAAGAUCAAAAGCCCUUGAGGAAAUGGAGGAGGGAAAUAUGGGAUAUACGGUCGCAAAAACAGAGGACAAGGCGGAAAGGAUUCGAAGGCUAAAGAGUGGGUUCAGAAUUUGCAAGCCACAGGGUACGUUUCUAUGGCCAAAUAUGGCAAUGUCUCCUCAUUCUAUGGUGCAGCUGCAGGAUGACCCACUGGUGGUCCCAACCCCACCUUCAGCUUCAUCAACCACGGCCGCACCACGCCUCUCACCGUUGCCCCAAAAUGGAGCCCACCCCACAUCCCCUGUUAAGCCAUUGGCCAGGCGUCCACUCAGCACCACCCUCACCACUCUCACCAGAAGGCCCAAUCUCAUCAACCUUAAUGAGAUUCCUCAGCCUCAUACCCAACAUUGCGACCUUGCAUUUUGUGGGACUCUGACCUACCAAAGAAGGCAUUCUAAUGCCUCUGCCUGCCAUGAUUUGCCAAAUCUUGUAUCUGGAAACCAGGAGAAUGAAGGUGUUGAAGGGAAGGAAUGCUCGGGCUCUGCUUCCUCCACUCCUUCGUGGUUGUUAAUGAGAGACAAGUGGUUGCUGGAUCUUGCCAACUCCAAAUCAUCUCUGGAGCUGGACCCAUUUUCUGAAAAUAUUGGACUAUCACCUAUGGCAACAGAAGAGGCAUCAGGAGCAACCCUUGCUUGAGCACCUUCCGGCAGGCACUUGCCAUGAUGGUCAUAAGGUCACAGCGGAGUAAAGACUGGUCAUUUUUGUGUUUAGUUUACCAAACUAGCCUCAAUAUUUUA